AUGGGAGACCUGAAGUCGGGUUUUGAAGAGGUGGAUGGCGUGAGGCUCGGCUACCUCAUCAUUAAAGGAAAGCAAAUGUUUGCACUCUCCCAGGUUUUUACAGACCUGCUCAAAAACAUCCCGCGAACUACCGUGCACAAGCGAAUGGAUCAUUUAAAAGUAAAAAAGCAUCACUGCGACCUGGAGGAGCUGAGGAAACUCAAAGCCAUCAACUCCAUCGCCUUCCACGCCGCCAAAUGUACCCUGAUCUCCAGAGAGGAUGUAGAAGCCCUUUACACCUCCUGCAAAACCGAACGGGUGCUUAGGACGAAGCGGAGGAAAGUGAGCCGGGUGCUGUCAGCCACCGACCUCAACCCGGAGCUCGCACCCGCCGACCCGUUCUCCGGUUUCUGGAAGGAGAACAAACUUUGGCUGGGGCUGAACGGCUCCCCCCGGCCGCUGGUGCCCAUCCGGAGGAGAGCCCUGCGCCCGGGGGCCGCCGCCCUGCUGCCGGCCGCGCAUCUACCUCACAUUUUUAGUAAAUACACUGGCCACAGCUUCCCGGAGAUCGCUCGGGCCCCCUGCAAGCCCCCCGCCAACUAUGAAACGGCGCCGGCGGCGCACGGCCGCGCUCCCCUCCGCCUCCGCCGCCCGCCCGCCGCCCGCCCCCCGCCCGUCGCCGCGCCGCGGCCGCGGCUCCUGCCCGCAGGCCCCCCACCCCUGCCUGCCCGCUGCCGACGACGACGACACGCGGCCGUCGCCGUCGCCACCGCCGCGCUGGGCCCCCACGGCGGCGCCCGUCGGCCCCUGCCCGCGCCGAGGCCCUGCCGGCCCCGCGGCGCCUCCCGGCUGCCGCUGCCCCGCGGCUUCGGACCGCCGCCGCCCGCCUUCCCCGAGAGCGGGAGCAGCGACUCGGAGUCUAGCUGCUGUUCGGGCCGCGCCGCCCACGACUCGGACUGCGGCUCCAGUCUCUCCAGCUCCAGCGAGGGCAGCUCGGAAGAGGAGGACGAGGAGGAGGACGACGAGGACGAGGAGGGCAGCGGCGCCUCAGACUCCAGCGAGGGCAGCUCGGAGGAGGAGGAAGAGGAGGAAGAGGAGGAGGAAGAGGAGGAGGAGGACAGCACCUCGGACUCUGACUCCAGCUCGGUCUCCAGCCAGGUCUCGGUGCAGAGCAUCCGCUUCAGGCGCACCAGCUUCUGCAGCCCGCCCGGCGUGGUCCACGCCAACUUCUUGUACCAUCUGGCAGCCGCCGCUGCCGCCCCCCGGCCCCCGGCCCCAGCCCCAGCCCCGGCGGAGCCCGGUGGGCUGCCCGCGCUCCGCGGCGCUGCCAGUGGAGUCAAGCCGGAGCUGCCGGAGGAGUGGGGCCGGGCCGGCUGGGCUCCCGCCGCCCCGGCGCUGCGCUGCUCCGGCGGCCUAGGGAGCUGCUUCGCGGAGAUCAGAGAUGAUAGGGGGUCCGAAACCACAUUCCCACACUCUGAAUUUUCCAGUAAUGCCAAGAGUACUGACCUAACAAUUAACUGUGUUGCAAAGGGGGCCUCUUCACCUAGCCCAAAGACAAACAAUGCAUUUCCACAACAAAGAAUACUCAGAGAGGCAAGGAAAUGCCUUCAAGCAACUGCUACACACCGUGCAGAUAAUAAUACAAUAGCUGCUAGGUUCUUAAAUAAUGAUUCUUCAUCAGCGGCAGCAAAUUCAGAGAAAGAUUCCAAAAUCCCUCAUUGUAUUGAAUUUGCCACGGAUUUGCCCUCUUUACAAACUGCUCCUGAGGAGGAUGCUGCUUCUGCAGGCGCAGCAGCAGCAGCUGAGCUCCAGUGCACUGAUCCAGGCAGCGAGGCUCUGCCAUUCCUGCACAGCGUUCACAUCAAAACAGAGGACAGCAGUGCCAACGACGAGUAUGAGCCCGACCUUACAACACAUAAGCUAAAGUAUGAGUGCAAUGAUACUAAGGAUGAGUUUUACGGUGUGACUGAGAGUAAUCACCAGGACGCUUUAUUAACAGCCAAGGAAGAUUCUGCAUGCACUGAGAAAGAAACCACUUCCUUAAACCCGCUGACUCAGAGUCAGGUCCUCUCAUGCACUUUAGGUACCCCAAAACCUGAGGAUGGGGAGUAUAAAUUUGGAGCAAGGGUGAGAAAAAAUUACAGGACACUGGUUUUGGGAAAGCGACCUGUACUGCAGACUCCUCCAGUCAAACCAAAUUUGAAAUCAGCUCGAAGCCCACGUCCUACAGGUAAAACCGAGACACAUGAAGGAACACUGGAUGAUUUUACAGUUAACAAUAGACGCAAAAGGGUAGCCAGCAAUGUAGCAUCAGCAGUGAAAAGGCCAUUUAAUUUCAUGGCAAAUUUUCCCUGUCCACCAUCACUAAUUAUUGGCAAUGAUGGGGAUUUGUUGCCAGCUUAUUCCUUAAACACCACUAAGGAUUCCCAACCACCUCACAAGGCCCAUCCUGUAUGGAAAUGGCAGCUGGGCGGUUCUGCAAUACCUCUUCCACCUAGCCACAAAUUCAGGAAAUUUAAUUAA